AGGGUGACAUGGGGUGGCGGAUGCCUGUGGGGGGGUGAAUCAGGCCCCCAGUCUAACCCCCCUGCAUCUCAGGAGCUGGAGGCCAUCAAAGCCCGUGUGCGGGAGAUGGAGGAGGAGGCAGAAAAGCUGAAGGAGCUGCAGAAUGAGGUGGAGAAGCAGAUGAACAUGAGCCCCCCACCAGGCAAUGCUGGCCCAGUCAUCAUGUCCUUAGAAGAAAAGAUGGAGGCAGAUGCUAGGUCCAUAUACGUGGGUAAUGUGGAUUACGGGGCAACGGCCGAAGAGUUGGAGGCUCAUUUUCACGGCUGUGGGUCUGUCAACCGUGUCACCAUCCUGUGUGAUAAAUACAGUGGGCACCCCAAGGGGUUCGCCUACAUUGAGUUCUCCGACAAGGAGUCUGUGCGCACCUCCAUGGCGCUAGACGAAUCCCUGUUCAGGGGGCGACAGAUCAAGGUGAUCCCCAAGCGGACCAACCGGCCCGGCAUCAGCACCACAGACCGGGGCUUUCCCCGGGCCCGGUACCGCGGGCGCGGUUCUGGUUACACCAGCUCCCGGGCCCGGUUCUACAGUGGAUUCAGCAGCCGACCCCGCGGACGCUCAUACAGGGGCCGGGCUAGAGCAACCUCAUGGUAUUCCCCUUACUAAAAAAGUGUUUUUUGGGAAAGAAAAGUCAAAAAAAAAAAAAAAAA